UUAAAUGUUUGGAAAGGAGCAGCAGAGAACUCUGGACCAUUCUGCUGGGCAGAUCGGCUUUGAGGGAACCUGUUCAGAUUGCAGCAGAAUUGAACAAACAUUGGCAGAGGCUGCUAGAGGGGCUUUCAUACUACAAACCUCCCAGCCUAUGUUAGAUACCUGUUCAUCCCAGCCUCUUGCUGAGUUACAAUAAUCGUGUAUCAGAAUCUACAGUGCAGUAAUAGAGCCUCUAUAGGUUACCUAAAGAUGAAGCUUCAAUGCAGAGGAACGACUCCUCUUGAUACUGAGUCUGCUCAAAAUGAGAUCCAGAUUCUCACAUUGAAAGAUGUAAGUUCAGCCGAAAGAAUAAAAGCUGAUAAAGAUGUGGCUGCUCCACUGAAGGAACUGGGCCUGAGGAUCAGCAAAUUUUUGGGGCUGGAUGAAGAGCAAAGUGUGCAGCUAUUGCAGUGUUAUCUUCAAGAGGAUUACAGAGGGACCCGGGAUUCACUUAAGACUGUCCUGCAGGAUGAAAGACAGAGUCAGGCUCUGAUGCUGAAGCUUGCUGACUAUUACUAUGAAGAAAGAAUGUGCAUUCUGCGCUGUGUCCUCAACCUACUCACUUAUUUUCAGGAUGAGAGGCACCCCUACAUGGCACAAUACUCGCAGUGUGUUGAGAAGCUGGACAAGGAACUGGUUCCUAAUUACCGAAAACAGUUUGAAGAUCUAUACAAAGCAGAAGCUCCUACAUGGGAAACACAUGGAAAUCUCAUGACAGAGCGCCAGGUGUCCCGCUGGUUCGUGCAGUGCCUCCGCGAGCAAUCCAUGCUCCUAGAAGUCAUCUUCCUUUACUAUGCAUACUUUGAGAUGGCACCCGAUGAGCUGCUGGCCUUUGCCAGGCUUUUCAAAGAACAGGGAUUUGGCUCUAGACAGACCAACCGACAUUUGGUGGAUGAAAGCAUGGAUCACCUGGUAGAUCGUAUUGGCUACUUCAGUGCUCUUAUCCUGGUGGAAGGCAUGGAAAUUGACUCCCUGCAUGAGCGUGUGUUGGAUGAUAGGACAGAGGAACAUAAAUUUGCCAGUAAUGGGCGUAUGCACCAGGAAAUGGACCAUCUGCUGCUGACUUUAGGGGACAUCUCUCAUCAUGCCCCUGUGCUCUUGGCCUGGGCUUUGCUCCGUCACACAGUAACCCCAGAGGAGUCGACUAGUGUGAUCAGGCGAAUGGGAAGUACUGCUAUCCAACUGAAUAUAUUCCAGUACCUCACAAAGCUGCUCCGAUCACUUAGCAGUGGGGGAAAGAAUUGUACUGCCAGCACAGCUUGCAUGUGUAUUUAUGGGCUGCUUUCCUUUGUUCUGACCUCGCUGGAAUUACAUACACUAGGCAAUCAGCAGGACAUCAUUGAUGCAGCCUGUGAAGUUCUAGCGGCUUCCAGCAUUCCCCAGCUCUUCUGGAGGACUGAGCCAACCGCAGGUCUGGGUAUUAUCCUGGACAGUGUGUGUGGGAUGUUCCCACAUCUUCUUUCUCCUCUUCUGCAGCUGCUCAAAGCCCUUGUAUCGGAUAAAUCUACUGCAAAAAAGGUGUACAGUUUCCUGGAUAAAAUGUCCUUCUACAUUGAGUUGUACAAACACAAGCCUCCUGAUGUGAUCUCACAUGAAGAUGGCACCCUUUGGAGAAGGCAGGCGCCAAAGCUUCUCUAUCCCCUGGGGCUGGGCCAGACAAACCUACGAAUACCUCAGGGAACAGUGGGCCAGGUGAUGCUGGAUGACCGGGCAUACUUAGUACGAUGGGAAUAUUCCUACAGCAGCUGGACGUUGUUCACCUGCGAAAUUGAGAUGCUGCUCCAUGUUGUAUCGACAGCGGAUGUGAUUCAGCACUGCCAGAGGGUCAAGCCAAUCAUUGACCUGGUUCACAAGGUCAUCAGCACUGAUGUGUCGAUAGCAGAUUGUCUUCUGCCGAUCACAUCACGGAUCUACAUGCUGUUACAGAGGUUAACAAGUGUGAUCUCUCCCCCGGUGGAUGUUAUUGCUUCUUGUGUCAAUUGUUUGACUGUAUUGGCUGCCCGCAUGCCAGCUAAGGUUUGGACUGACCUUCACCACACAGGAUUCUUACCAUUUGUUGCCAAUCCAGUUUCCAUUAUGAGUCACAUGAUUAGUGCAGAGGGAAUGAAUGCUGGGGGCUAUGGAAACCUGUUGAUGAGCGUGGAACAGCCUCAGGGCGAGUAUGGUGUCACCAUAUCCUUCCUACACUUGGUCACAACUCUUGUCCGUGGACAACUUGGCAGCACCCAGAGCCAAGGGCUAAUGCCCUGCAUUGUGUUUGUGCUGAAGGAAAUGUUACCAAACUACCACAAAUGGCGCUAUAACUCCCAUGGAGUCAGAGAACGAAUUGGGUGCCUAAUCCUGCAGCUCAUCCAUGCUAUUCUGAAUCUCUGCCCUGAAAUGGAUCCUCACAGUGGCAAUGCUCCAAGCCUGCAGUCCUUAUGCAUCUUCAGCCUGGCCAACACAGAUGCAGGACAGGCUGUUAUUAACAUCAUGGGCAUCGGUGUGGACACCAUUGAUAUGGUCAUGGCCUCGCAGUCCUGUAGUUAUACUCACUCAUUGGAGAAUUUCAAGGGAAUUGCACGCAUUGCAGAUUUGUGGAACGAUGAGUCACUGGGCCAGGGCCAGCUGCUGAUCCAGACAGUAAAGCUGGCAUUCUCGGUCACCAAUAACGUCAUCCGGUUGAAAUCCCCUUCUAGCGUGGUAUCCCCACUAGAACAGGCACUUACUCAGCAUGGUGCUCAUGGGAACAAUCUGAUUGCUGUCUUAGCCAAAUAUAUCUACCACAAACACGACCCAGCACUGCCACGCCUUGCCAUCCAGCUGCUCAAACGACUUGCUACGGUGGCUCCAAUGUCUGUUUACGCCUGCCUGGGGAGUGAUGCUGCUGCCAUUCGUGAUGCCUUUUUGACCCGCCUGCAGAGUAAGAUUGAGGAUAUGCGCAUUAAAGUCAUGAUCCUGGAGUUCCUCACUGUUGCUGUAGAGACACAGCCUGGGCUCAUUGAGCUCUUCCUGAACCUGGAAGUGAAAGAUGGGAGUGAUGGGUCAAAGGAAUUCAGCUUAGGGGAAUGGAGUUGCCUCCAAGUGGUCUUGGAACUGAUAGACUCCAAACAGCAGGAAAGAUACUGGUGCCCUCCCCUCCUGCACCGGGCCGCCAUUGCAUUCCUUCAUGCCCUGUGGCAGGACCGUCGGGAUAGUGCCAUGCUGGUCCUGAGGACCAAGCCAAAGUUUUGGGAAAACUUAACCAACCCCCUCUUUGGGACCCUUUCUCCCCCCUUAGAAACAUCAGAGCUAAGUGUCUUGGACACUUGUGCCUUAAUCAUGAAAAUCAUCUGCCUGGAGAUCUACUAUGUGGUCAAGGGCUCACUGGACCAGUCCCUGAAAGACACUCUGAAGAAAUUCUCCACAGAAAAGCGUUUUGCUUACUGGUCAGGAUAUGUGAAGUCAUUGGCAUUGCAUAUGGCAGAGACAGAGGGUAGCAGCUGCACCUCCUUGACAGAGUAUCAGAUGCUGAUCUCAGCCUGGCGGAUGCUGCUGAUUAUCUCCACCAGUCACGCAGAUAUAAUGCACCUGACUGAAUCUGCAGUUCGGCAGCAACUGUUUCUGGAGGUGCUAAGUGGGACCAAAGCUUUACUGCUGGUCCCCAUGUCAGUGUUGUGCCUGCAACUGGGGUCCAUGCUGUGCACCCUUCUGCUGAUCCUGCUUAGACAGUGGAAGAGCGAGUUGGGUUCUGUGGAUAAAAUCAUAAACUCCUUGACGCAGAUUCUGGAGGGAGUGCUGCAGGCAGAUCAGCAGAUGAUGGAGAAGACCAAGGCCAAGGUGUUCUCUGCUCUCAUCACUGUUCUGCAGAUGAAGGAGAUGAAAGUGAGCGAGAUCCCUCAGUACUCCCAGCUGGUGAUGAGCGUGUGUGAGACCCUCCAAGAUGAAGUAAUUGUGCUCUUUGAUCAGACACGACACAGCCUCACAUCUGGAGAUGCUGUAGAUGACAAGGACAGCAUGGAAACAGAUGAUGCCUGCAGGGGUAAACACAAGGACCAGCGAGAUGGGGUGUGUGUUCUAGGGCUGCAUCUGGCAAAGGAACUCUGUGAAGUAGAUGAAGAUGGAGAUUACUGGCUGCAGGUUACUAGGAAGGUCCCUAUGCUGCCUACUAUCUUCACUGCCCUAGAUAUCAGCCUGAGAGUUAAACAAAACCUUCACUUCACAGAAGCCUCAUUGCAUCUACUGCUGACCUUAGCCAGGACACAACAGGGUGCAGCAGCUGUGGCUAGUGCUGGUGUCACACAGAGCAUCUGUUUGUCCCUCUUGAGCGUAUACCAGCUCAGCACUAAUGGAACAAUUCAGACACCUGCUUCAUCUCGGAAGUCUCUUGACGCCCCAUCCUGGCCUGGGGUCUAUCGUCUCUCCAUAUCAUUGAUGGAGCGCCUUCUUAAGACACUAAGGUAUAACUUCCUGACAGAGGCACUGGACUUUGUGGGUGUCCAUCAGGAGAGGAUUCUUCAGUGCCUGAAUGCAGUACGGACAGUGCAGAGCCUGGCCUGUCUGGAAGAAGCUGACCACACUGUUGGCUUCAUUCUUCAGCUCUCCAACUUUAUGAAAGAGUGGCAUUUCCACCUUCCACAGCUCUUGAGGGACAUACAGGUGAACUUGUGUUACCUCUGCCAGGCUUGUACCUCCCUCCUGCAUAGCCGCAAAAUGCUUCAGCACUACCUGCAGACAAAAAAUGGUGACUCCCUCCCAUCAGCUGUGACACCUCGAGUGCAACGCACCCCCCAGACCUCCUCCAAGCAUCCAAGCCCUGAGUCAGAGGCAGCCGAGCAGAAGGCACUGCGUACAGUGCAGUAUGGCCUCUUGAAAAUCCUCAGCAAAUCUCUAGCUGCCCUACGCCACUUCACCCCCGACAUCUGCCAGAUCCUCCUUGAUCAGUCACUGGACCUGGCUGAGUACAACCUUCUCUUUGUUCUGAGUUUUACUACACCUGCCUUCGAUUCAGAUGUCGCUCCCUCCUUUGGGACCCUUCUGGCCACUGUCAACGUGGCCCUUAACAUGCUGGGAGAGGUAGGAGUCCCAAUUCAGGCUGUGAAAGCCGAAAGGGCUGAGAAGAGGCACAGCAGUUGUGCUGUUUUCUGCGCUCUGGUCAGCUGCUGUUUUAAGGAGGAGUGGGGGCUGACCCCGGUAGCUCUCCUCCCUUCUGCAUCUCCAGGCUCUAAUACAACUUUCCUCUUCCCCCUCCAGCUGGAUAAGAAGAAAGAGCCCUUCACUCAAGCUGCAGGGCUGAAUACACAAGAGGAGACUAAAACUCUUAAGUCUUUGCUCAUGUUUACAAUGGAAAACUGUUUCUACCUGCUCAUCUCCCAGGCUGUUCGGUAUUUGAGGGACCCAGCAGUGCAUCCACGAGACAAGCAGCGGAUGAAACAGGAACUCAGCUCUGAGUUGAGUACACUGCUCUCAAGCCUGUCUCGUUACUUUCGCCGGGGCGGACCCUCUUCUCCAGCCAGUGGGGUUCUUCCCUCCCCCCAGGGAAAGUCUGCCUCCAAGAUUGGCCCUGAGGGGCAGGAGCCUUUGAUUCAGCUGGUACAAGCCUUUGUCAGACAUGUGCAGAGAUAGGUUAUGUGCUAUUGCUGCUAUUUCAGGAUUGCACCAGAACUAUUCAUUUCCACAACAGAAGGCAUCAUGCUCCGUUGGGCUCAUAACUGAAUUGUAACAUCUGCUGGGGAGAUAGAUCCUGUUGAAUGCUUGCACCUGAGCAGGAGAGCGAACAAAAGAAGGUCCAAGAAUGUUGUCCUGUUCAAAGAACUUCUGAGUCCAUGCAUGCUCCUUGCCUGCUGCUCCACCUGCUAGAGUGAUCUGGCUGGGUUUAAGUAUUGACCAGUCAAAACCUUUAUUUUUAUAGCUUAUACACAGCGGUCGGGUCGGGGAGAGGAGGCAGGUUUUUAACUGUUUUCCUUUGGGCAUUAACUCUGCUCUUAGUACGAGGUGCAAUCUUCCUCUCCCCAUCAGUACGAGUCUGGCACAGGGUCGUGAGCAGCCAGCAAUUCAGAGACCAGCUUUCUAUUGCUAUUUUUGUAUCAAAGGGGUGCCAGGCACUGCUGCUGGGUUGGCAGAGCAAGGUAAAAUGGUGUGUGUGUGCACCCAUCCCCCUCCUGCUGUUGAUUUGCGUGAUAUGUACAUUUCUGAAGACUAGAAGGCCGCCUCCUCCAAAAGGUUUUUAAGUCAGAAGUCCACAGCUCGGGUCUUGCAUUUUUUGUAACUGUGCCCUAUUUAUACUGAUAUUAAAACAUUUAUAAACAA